CAAGUACUUGAUAAGAGGGACUGCAUGAGAACGCCUGCCUGGACAUAGAACAAUGUCUACGUUCAAUUAACUUCGUCUUGCGGUGCAUUUGCGGAAAACGUGCCGGAAAGCUGCCAGGAAGCAUGAUAGGUAUUGAAGUGGAUGAUUUUACACUCUGUUAGAUGUAUACAACGUUUUAAUAAUUGGCAUCCAGCGCGACAGCUUACUGAACAGCUGCUGCAGCGGCGGUCCAUCCUGCAUAAGGACAGGAACCUUGUGGUGAAAGCGACUAACCGUCGGAGCAAGCUUACAAGUGGCGGUGAAGGCGCCCGUCGGGCACGUGCCGGCAUGAAGCUCACUAUUGCCAUUGAGGGCUGCUGCCAUGGCGAAUUGGACAAAAUUUAUGCGACAUUGCAACACUUGGAACAGCGGGAGGGCAAGAAAAUCGACUUGCUUAUCUGCUGCGGCGACUUCCAGGCCGUCCGUAACCUGGAUGACUUGGAGACCAUGGCUUGUCCGCCCAAGUACCGAUCCAUGCAGACGUUCUACAAGUACUACUCGGGAGAGAGGGUCGCACCCUUCCCAACCAUUUUCAUCGGCGGCAACCACGAGGCCGCCAACCACCUGUGGGAGCUCUACUACGGCGGCUGGGCGGCUCCGAACAUCUACUUCCUGGGCUUUGCGGGCGCAGUCAGGUUCGGCGGUCUGCGCAUCGCGGGCCUGAGCGGCAUCUACAAGCAGCACGACUACACGCGGGGGCACCACGAGGCGCUGCCGUACAGCGAGUCCACCAUCCGCUCGCUCUACCACGUGCGGGACUUUGAGGUGUAUCGGUUGCUGCAGCUGCAGCAACCCGUGGACAUCUUCCUCAGCCACGACUGGCCCACCAACAUAGCGCGCUACGGCAACACGGUGCAGCUGCUGGCGCGCAAGGCGUUCCUCCGUUCCGAGGUGGAGAGCGGCACGCUGGGCAGCCCCCCCGCCGCCCAGCUGCUGUCCGCGCUGCGCCCCGCCUACUGGUUCUCCGCGCACCUGCACACCAAGUUCGCAGCGCUGGUGCAGCACACACCGCAGCAGCAGCAGGGGCAGCAGCCUGGGCAGCGGCAGGGUGGGCAGCAGCAGCGGCAACACCAAUCCGGGGGGCAGCAGCAGCAACAACAGGAGCAAGGUGGGGAGCAGCGAGGGCAGCAGGCGGCAGGGCCGGGGCCCGGGUCGGCAGCAGCAGCAGGAGGAGGGGCUGGGGCUGGGAGCGGCAGCGGGGGCGGCUUUGCUAGCACGAGGUUCCUGGCGCUGGACAAGUGCCUGCCGGGACGGGACUUCCUGCAGGUGAUCGAGCUGGACGCCCCCGGGCCCCCCGAGCUGCACUACGACGAGGAGUGGCUGGCGGUGCUGCGAGGCACCCACCAGCUCACCAACCUGCGCUUCAAACACGCGCCGCUGCCGGGCAUGGGCAUGUUGCGGAGCGGUCCGAGGCCGGAGGACGUGGAGUUCGUACGGCAGGUGUUUGCGGCGCGGGGGAGCACCCGCAUCCCGGACAACUUCACCGCCACCGCCCAGCCGUACGACCCGCAGCGGCAGCAGGGGCAGCGCAAGGGGCGCAUGCCGCAGCGACAUGAAAGGAACCCGCAGACGGUGGCAUUGCUCGAGAUGCUGGGACUGCCGUACAACUUGGAUCACAAGGACGUCAACGGGGCUGCGGCGGCGGGGCCGGCGGAACCAGCAGCGGCUGCUGCUGCUUCGGAGGCAGCAUCUAUGGCCGCAGCGGCUGCGGCAGCAGCAGCAACGGCUGCAGCAGGCGGGGCGGUACCUAGGGGCGGCGGCGGGGGUGGUGGUGGUCUCGGUGCGGGACUGGGCUCCGGAGGCGCACGAGCGAGCAACCGGGCGCCGCUUUCCCUGGCGCCCCAUCUCAUGGCUCCGGCACGACCCAGAUCAGCCUCAACCGCCGCCGCCGCCCCCAUCGUGCUGGCCCCCAACCCCGAGGAAAUCGACUUGGGAGAUAUCGACGAGGAUGCGGAUAUGGAGGCGGGCGGCGACAACCCGUCUGCGACGAGCGUCCAGGAGGGGAACGCGGCGGGUGGGAGUGAUGGUGGUGGUGGCAUGGCGGGUGAUGGAGUAAUGGGUUGUGGCGGC